AGAUCACAACCUCCCAAUUUUUUUUUCUUGUAAACCUGUUCGCCUUCACCAGCUUUUAUCCUCGCAGCUUUCUAUACAUGCAGAACAUGGCGCCGUCUUCAGAAAUGUCUGCAGACACACAGCUCUCGGUGUCAAAAUCAGACGAGCUAUUGGCAGCUCUGAAGGCCACGGUGGCCUCGGUCGACGCCACCUCCGCGAGCGUCAAGAAGCUGCUUGCGUCAGACGAUCUCGAGCAGCUGGGGAAAGGGUCUCCGGGCGUCUCGCUGCUGAGCUUGAAGGCGAAUUCGAUGGCGGGGUACUUGCAUAAUUUGGGAGUGCGUUCGCUGUUUGCUUUGUCUACGCUGUCGGAGAAGGAGGAAAGUAGUAGCAAGAGCAGCGACGAGGAGAACGAGGCCGGCGGCGACAACAACGAGAUGGCGCCUGCCGAACUUGAUCUUGAAAUUAGAAAGCUGUUGGUCACGGACCGCGUCGUUCUUGAACGAGGGAUCAAGCCGCUGGAGAAGAAGAUUGAGUAUCAGAUCCAGAAGCUGCUGCGCGCUGCGAACAACCCGCCGAAGGCGGUCACAAAGACUUUGAAGCACAGCGGAAGCGAUUCCGAGAGUUCGGCCGAGGAUGAUGACGACGACGCUAGUGAGGACGAGGACGAGAAAGAAGACGAUGAGGAGCAAGAAGAGUUGGACGAUCUGCCACUCUCCUACAAACCCCGUCCGAACCUCCUCGUCUCCUCAGAACCCGAGGCCUCAUCGACCUCUUCAUUCUCCAAAGCCUCUGCUCCAAAGAAAUACGUCCCGCCAAAAAUCAAUCCCACAAAACUUCCCUCUACGCGCAACAUGUCUGGUCCAGUAGACAAAGCGCAGCGACAGCGCGUGCAGAAAAACCGUGCUCUAGAGGAGUACAUCGCGCAGAGCACGUCGCUCGCGCCCGAGGCUGAAGUCUCUGUCGGCUCGAACGUGUUGAACCACGGCCGGGGUGGCACGCGGACGCAGAUGGCGCAGGUAAAGGAGGAUAGAGUGCGAGGGUAUGAGGAAUCGAACUUCGUGCGUUUGGCGGAGGAUGGCAAGAAGAAGAGGAAACCGAGAUCAGACGAGUUCAUGGGUGAGAACUGGGAUCUGGGCGGUGGGGAUUAUAGUCAGGCGAAGCGGAAGAAGAAAGGGGUUUGGGACCGUCAUCGGUAGAGAAAAGUUCAGUCUGAUGCUUUUUUUGUAUUUGCUUUAGGCGUUAUUGGGUGCAUAUUAGAAAUAGUCUACAUGAACA